AUGCCGCUAAAACAUACCAAAGUAUUUACUACUGAAGUGUGCUCUCUCCAUUCAUCUUCACCACACUCGCGUGUAGAAAUGUGUGGCAUUGCUUUGAGUAGGACCCGAUGCACCUACACAUUUGUAGAUUUCUUUGGCACAUGCAUCGUGUUCUGUAAUGCUCGAGACCUGCCAACGAAAACUUUGUGCAAGAUUUAUGGAUUGAUUGACAGCAAAGGACGUGUUUUGGUCAUGGAGUGGGAAAGAACAUGUUUUUAUGGCGAGAUGGCAUUCUUAGGAGAGGUGGUGUCUCUAAGGAAAAUGAAAUUUUAUGGUGGAACAAGCCACAAGCAUAUAAAAAAACGAAAAUAGGGCGAUAUAACAAUAAUUUAUAGCUGCAAUGUCAGUGUUAUAGCACUUAAUAGUGGCUUUUCGCUUAGUUCGACGUAUACUUUUUCUCUAAAUUUAAAUUGAACUGC